AUGAUACCUGAGUCAAAGGUGAUCGUUGUCGCUCUGGAAGGUUCCCACGGUUGUGGCAAGACAGUUCUAUGUAAUGAGUUUGCAACGCAAGGUUACAUUGUACUAGACGAGGCUUUCAUGAGCAUGCCUGCCUAUUCGCUGCAUCCCCAGUCGCUACUAAUGGAGACAUUGUGGGUCUGCUCGUGGUUUGAACGCGUGCUGCGGCUCACAAACAGCGUGGAGCCUGGGUGUAAACAGGUCAUAAUCGCUGACCGCUCACCCUACAGUGCUGUGCUUUACUCGGACAACGGCCACCUCUUGGAGCCUGUCAUUCGCGAGCAGAUGCGAGAAGUACAAAACUCUGCGGGUGUUCGGUUCUAUAUGGUGCAUGUCCGGGUAGAGCGCGAGCUCCUCUGGCGUCGUAUCUGCGCCCGUCUUGAACAUUCUCCUGAGCGGUUUCGGCUAAGAGAGCACAAGCGCGAUUGGAUGGACGAGACACUCGCUUUUUAUGAAGCAUUUGACUGGGACUUGACUGUGACAAAUGAUGAACGCAGUGUGGCGACAAUCGCAAAGAACAUAAGGAUGCUGCUAAGCGAGCAGGACGAUACGUUUCGGAUUGUGAGUGCGACGAAAGCUAGUGAAAGUUUUUCCUCCAAAAUCUCGGUUAGUAGCCCUCGAACCACUGGCAACGAGAGUAGAAAUACAGGAGAAGAGCUUGAUAUGCGAGGAAAGUCGUCAUCAUUUUCUGAUCUAUCAACGACACCCUGA